AUGGCUGGAAAGUUAGCAACUUUGCUCCUCUUGCUCGGCGCGAACUCUGCCCUUGCGCAAUCACCUCUAUGGGGACAGUGUGGCGGUAUUGGCUGGGGGGGCUCUACCAGUUGCGCUUCAGGCAGCACUUGCGUCGUCUUGAACGCAUACUACAGCCAAUGUCAACCUAGCUCCCAAGUUACUACCACUAGUUCGACAACGACCACUCGUGCAACCACAACAUCUACGACCGCAGUGAGAACGACAGUAGUUACAACCACGCCUUCUACUACUACACCCGGGGGGACGAGUCCUACGUGUUCAGUAGGCAGUAUUUCUUUGGUGUCGAACUCCAAACUUCCAGAUCCAUUCACCUUUGCCAAUGGCCAGAAAGUCACCACAAAAGAACAGUUUAAAUGCCGUCAAGCUGAGAUUUCAGCGGCAAUGCAGCAAUAUGAGUUAGGAACAAAACCCGGAAAACCACAAUCUCUUACGGCUUCGUGGAGUGGAAAUACUCUUACCAUCAACGUGUCUGACCAGGGGAAAUCAAUCUCAUUCUCCGUCACUGUUACUGCACCUUCUGGUGGAAGGGCACCAUACCCUGCUAUCAUCGGAUACGACGGUGGCUCAAUCCCAAUUCCUGCUGGUGUUGCUAAAAUCAGUUUUAGCAUCGCUGAUAUCGCAGCCCAGACUAAUACUGGAUCAAGGGGCCAAGGGAAAUUCUACAACCUUUAUGGGAGCGGCCACUCAGCUGGUGCCCUUACAGCUUGGGCAUGGGGUGUCAGCCGAAUCAUCGAUGCAAUCGAAAUUACCCCAGCUACCAAUAUCAACCCUGCAAAAAUCGGCGUUACUGGAUGCUCCAGAAAUGGCAAGGGGGCUUUCGUCGCCGGUGCUCUUGAUGACCGUAUUGCCUUGACUCUUCCCCAGGAAUCGGGAUCCGGUGGUUCCGCUUGCUGGAGGCUUUCGGACUACCAGAAGAGCCAGGGUCAAAAUGUCCAAACUGCUUCCCAGAUUAUAACAGAGAACGUUUGGUUCUCUACUGCGUUCAACGCCAAUGUUAAUCAAGUUAACCGCCUUCCAUUUGACCACCACAGUUUGGCUGCCUUGGUUGCACCCCGUGGGCUCUAUGUUAUCGAGAAUACUUCAAUGGAAUGGCUCGGCGCAUUAAGCACGUACGGUUGCAUGAAAGCAGGGUCUCUCGUCUACCAAGCCUUGGGCGUAUCUAGCAAUAUGGGUUACUCGCAAGUCGGACACGGUGACCACUGCGGUUUUCCUGCGGCUCAACAAGGGUCUGAACUCAAUUCUUUCAUUAACAGGUUCUUACUCGAUCAAUCAGUCACGACAAACGUCUUUCGAACUGAUGGCAACUUUAAUUUCAACCAGGCUAAUUGGGUUGACUGGUCUGUCCCAACCUUGAAUUAA